AUGACGAAAGGUACGCAGAGUUUCGGUAUGCGUCACAACAAGACCCACACCAUCUGUAGACGGUGUGGGCGCAGCUCUUACCAUAUCCAGAAAAGUACUUGCUCUUCAUGUGGAUAUCCCGCUGCCAAGAUGCGCAAAUUCAACUGGAGCCAGAAAGCUUUGCGUCGCCGCACGACGGGCACUGGUCGUAUGCGCCACUUGAAGACCGUCCAGCGUCGUUUCAAGCACGGUUUCCGUGAGGGACAUGAGGCGCAGUGGGGUAUAAAGGAACAAAUUAACUAUCAAGGCAACAUGGGGACGAUGACGUGGACGAUUCAGGCGCACAUGCAUCUUUACUCGUUUCGUUUAGGACACACAUCAAAUGCUUUCGUCAAUCCAAUCAAAUUUCACAUCCUUUUGCCAUCCAUCUCGCCAUACAGUUUACGAGGAAAGAAAACGUUUCGACGAUUACGACAAGUUGUCGAGUCUCCUUUUCACCGGUUGAUUUUGCGGCUUGAAGGAUCUUCGUCGUAA